CGGGAAGAAGCAAUUAUACCAGUGAGUCACAUACACAGGUGAAUUCACUGAGCUGCACUAUUGAGCUUCAGCUGCCAAUAGAAGGACAAUGGCAAGCCACAGGCCAGUGAAAUCUGUUAAGAAAUCUUCCGUCCCUGGGGUGACCAUCCAACAAUUUGUUGAUAAUAUUCCAACAGGAUGUUGUACUCCUGACUUUGAGCGAAAACCCAUCACUCUGACAUUACAGGAAGGUAAAAAUGCCAUUUUCAGGGCUGUGGUCAAGGGUGUACCUGUACCUGAGGUGGUAUGGAAACGGAACAAAGGAGAAAUGGAUAAUCCUGACAAAUACCAAACAUCCUUCAAUGCCGUUACAAAUGAGUUCAUUCUGCAGAUAAAUAAACUCACAGUAGCAGAUGCUGAUUUGUACCGCUGCUCUGUUGUGAAUGAAUACGGGGAAGCCUUCUGUGUCGUUGGCCUCAGGAUCAUACAAGCUGGUUUUAAGAAAAAAACGAGACAGGUCCCCACUGAGACUCAGAAGGACCUGAAGAAAGAGAUACAGGACUUCAGGAAACUAUUAAGGAAGCGAGUCCCACACGCUCCUCGGAAGAAGGACAUUGACAUGGAGCAGGUCUGGCAAUUGUUGCUGCAUGCAGAUAAGAAGGAUUAUGAGAAAAUUUGUUUAAGGUAUGGAAUUGUUGACUUCCGUGGAAUGCUAAGGAAACUUCAGCAGAUGAAGAAGGACAAAGAGGACAAACAAGCCAAGUAUAUCAACAGUAUCAGAAACCUGAGACACAUCAAGGUCAACAAGGAGGGAAAUGCUAUGUUUGAUCUAGAGAUGGACCUGAAAGAUCCCCAAAGCAGAAUUUACUUAUACAAGGAUGGUGAGAUGAUCAAUUAUGGAUUCAAUGAUGACAACAUGAAACACUGCCUGAAACAGGUAGGGAAAACUUACAGUUUCAUCAUCAAUGACCUGAAGCCAGAAGAUGCGGGUUUGUACCAGCUGAAAGUAGAAGAUGUAGAUGUCUUCUCAACUGAGCUGGAAGUUGACACAAUUCCUGUCACAUUUGAGCACCCGCUCAGUGAGGUGUGUUGCUCUGAGCAAGAAAAUGCUGUCUUUGAGUGCAGCCUAUGCAGCCCCUGUUACGAUGCCAUGUGGUUACACGCAAACAAUCCCAUUGAGAAUAAUGACAAGUAUGAAAUCUCUGUCUCCUCUGAUGGCCUGAACCACAAGCUGAUGAUAAAAAAUGUGCAGCCUGCUGACAAAGGCACUUAUACUCUUGAUACUGGCAUCUGCUCCUCUAGUGCCUGCCUUUUGGUGGAACCUGCCAGAGGAAAGAGAAGACAGGCUGAAGGAGAUGAAACGGAUAAAAAGGGAUGGCAGAUGGAUAUGUUAUCUGAUAAAGAAAGCGUUAAGAAACUUCGACAAGGAGAAGGUCCUGGGGACAAAGAUCACUUUAGAGACACGGCCAUAGAUCCCCCAAAUGUUGACAAGGAUCUUCAGGAAAAACUGAUGAAGGAUCCUCUAGUGAUCAAGGCAGGGCAGAACGCUGUGGUCAAGAUCCCUUUUGAAGGCCGGAAACCAGUCAAAGCAACAUGGUUAAAGGAUGGGUGUGAGCUCCUGGAUGAUACCAGGAUCCAUACUGACAAAGCGGAUAACUUCACUCGGCUUUCUAUUUCUAGCACUAACAGGAAGGACUGUGGGGAUUACAAAGUGAAGCUCAGCAAUGGGAGUGGAGCCUUGGAGGUCAACCUAAAGCUGGUAGUAACAGACAGGCCACAAUCACCGAUGGGCCCUAUAGAAGUGGUAGAUAGUUCCAUAACUGGCAUCACCAUCCAGUGGAAGCCCCCAAAAGAUGAUGGGGGCAAACCAGUGCUCAGCUAUGCCAUUGAGAGGCAGCAAGUGGGCAGACAAACCUGGCUGGCAGUGGGAGAAGCAGAUGGGAGCAGCACAACUUUUACUACCAACAAAGUGGAACAUGACAAAAGCUACUGCUUUCGGGUGCGAGCGAUAAAUGCUGAGGGGACCAGCGAGCCAUUAGAGUCAGGCGAGGUGAUGGCUGCAACCAAAGUUUUCCCUGGCCCCCCUGCUCCUCCUAAGAUUGUAGAGGCCAGCAAAGAGGCCAUCAAACUGUCUUGGGCAGUGCCUGACAAAACAGGGAAUUCCCGAAUCCUGGGAUACAUCGUUGAGAAACGUAAGAAAGGCAGUAGCACCUGGGCACCUGUCACUGAUCAGCCAAUCACAGAGAGGAAGUGGAAAGUUACUGACCUGAAGGAAGGACUGCAGUAUGAAUUCCGCGUGGCUGCCGUCAAUGCUGCUGGUACAGGCGAGGCCAGUGCACCAUCAGAAUCUGUCUUUGCUCAAGAUCCCAUGGAUCCUCCAGGUCACGUGAGGGACCUUAAGGUGACCAAUACUGAUUACACCAGCAUUGCAUUGGCAUGGACAAAACCCAAACCAGAGGAUGGGGGUGAAGCUAAGGGGUAUAUGGUAGAGAUGCGAUCUUCUAACAACCUCAAGUGGACCCAGUGUAACACUCAGCCCCUAAGGAUGACAAUGUAUACAGUGAAAGGCCUGGAACCCAAAGAAAUGUACUUCUUACGGGUGAGGGCUGUCAAUGAUGGGGGCGCUGGUGAAGCUGUAGCAUUGGACACUGAUAUUCAAGCCAUGCCCCCUAUUGUUACUCCCAAAUUCCUAAUAGAUGACACUGUGAAAAGCUUUAUGAUUGUAAAAGCUGGAAAUUUCAUCCGAGUGCACAUUCCCUUUGAAGCAUCUCCAGCUCCUGAGGUGACUUGGCUAAAGGAUGGGCUUUCUUUACCCAGAAAGGCCAUAACAACCACCAAACGGGGCCACACUCAACUGGUGAUUCCAGCAGCUGAAUUUUCAGACAGUGGCAUCUACUCCGUUUUGCUCCAAAAUGAGUUGGGGAAACGAGACUCGUUCAGCUUCCAGAUCCAAGUCACAGAUAUCCCAGAGUCGCCUGGUCCUAUUCAGUUACAAGAGAAUGUCCCCAAUACAGUUACAAUAACAUGGGAGCCCUCACCAACUGAGAAGCGGGAAAGUAACCUCUACUAUACGGUCAUAAAAUGUGACUCCAGAAAUGGCCACUGGCAAGUGCUGGGUGACCUGAUCUACACUAACAAGUUUACCCUCACCAAAGUCAUCCCAGGCUUAGAGUAUUACUUCAGGGUUGCGGCAAAAAAUUACAUGGGAUCCAGUGAUCCAUCUGAAACUGUGCAGCCCUGGAGCAUUCAAAAGGAAAAAGCUGAAUUCAGAGUUCGACUACCGAAGUACAGGGGUGUGAAUCAAAAUCAGCCUCCAAGAUUCCUUGUGCAGCUGAAGCCCCAUGUGGUAACCACUGGAUUUGAUUGUCGUAUGAGCUGUGCAGUAACUGGCCACCCCAAGCCAAAGGUCACAUGGUAUAAAGAUGGCAAAAACCUCUUGGAGGACCCCACUUUCUUCAGCAAAAAUGACUUCGGCGUUUGCUGCCUGGUGAUCUUAGGUGUGACAACAAAAGAUGAAGGAGCAUAUGAGGUGCUGGCCACCAAUGAAUUGGGUUGUGCCAUCAGCAAAACCUUCCUCGUUGUAAGAGAACCCUCCUUCUAAUAUGACCUGCCUGAAGAAAACCUCUGCACAGCCAUCAGAUUAAGAAAGCUUUCAUGUAGAAGUGGCAUUGUACCAAAAGCAGUGUAUCUGUUUAAUAAGACCACAUGAUGGUCUUGGGGUGGCUUUUGUU